AUGACACCAAUGAUACCAAUUCAGGCAUGCGUCUUUUGUUUGGUGGACAGCAAUGAGCAAAUGAGUAAAAUCACCCGAGAACAUGAUGCCCAGAAAAAGUCUCGAAGUAUGGCUUUUAAGGUGACCAGCUUUGUGUUGGUCUUAGUGCUGUUGGCCGUCGGCACCCAAGGACAGGGAUUGUCUUUGGAGGAUUUAAUUAACAAUGUCUUUACCCCCAAGCCAGACACAUCAACAUCGACUGUUUUCCAACCAACACCGGCACCUGUUACCCAAGUGACCCCAACACAAGCCAAUAGAGUAGAUACCAGUUCAUCCAGUGGCGGCGCAUACAAAUCUUGUGGCCUUGACAAGGAAUGUGUUCCGCGCCAUCUGUGUGUGGAUGGUGCCAUUAGCACAUCUGGUGAGGGUUUCAUUGAUAUUCGCAUUGACGAUUCCGUCUGUGCGUACAAUGAACUCUGCUGUGAUCUGCCAAACAAGAGAGACCAACCUGUGAUUCCCCCUCUACCACCUGUAGUGCAUGGUGGUUGUGGUUGGCGCAACAAGGAUGGUGUAGGAUACAGAAUUACCGGUGAUAAUGACAAUGAAUCUCAAUUCGCUGAAUUCCCUUGGAUGGUGGCAAUUCUGCGCACAGAGGAUGCUGCCGGUGAAAUUAUCCAUUUGUAUGACUGUGGCGGCUCAUUGAUUGCCAACAAUGUGGUCUUGACUGCCUCUCACUGUGUCAUUAACCGCGAAGCCAAUCAGUUAGUCGUACGUGGCGGUGAAUGGGAUACCCAGAACACAAAUGAGAUUUUGCCCCAUGUGGACAAGCGUGUGCGUGAAAUCAUAAGACACGAAAAGUAUAACAAGGGUGCCCUCUACAACGAUGUGGCUCUGCUCAUUCUUGAGGAGCCAUUCGAAUGGCAAGAAAACAUUCGUCCCAUCUGCCUGCCCGAGCCCAAUGCUAACUUUGAUUACAGCCGCUGCUAUGCUACCGGAUGGGGUAAGGAUAAAUUUAACCGCGAUGGCCAAUACCAGGUGAUUUUGAAGAAAAUCGAUUUGCCCGUUGUGCCAAACGACAGGUGCCAAGCCAAUUUGAGGCAGACUCGUUUGGGCAUGUACUUUAAUUUGCACGAAAGUUUCAUCUGUGCUGGCGGAGAGAAGGGAAAAGAUACCUGCAAGGGCGAUGGCGGCUCUCCGUUGGUUUGUCCCAUUCCCGGCAAUAAUGAUCGUUACUACCAGGCUGGUAUUGUGGCAUGGGGUGUCGGUUGUGCAGAAGAAAAUAUUCCCGGUGUAUAUGCAAAUGUACCCUAUUUGCGUCCAUGGAUUUCGGAGAAACUUUCUGCCCGCGGUAUUCCAUUCGGAGAUUUCACUCCCUAAGUG